AUGGGGAGAGACAUCAGUCAUCUGGGCCUGGAGUGUUUGCCCACAAAGCUCCUAGGUGGCCUUGCCUUACACUUGCUAGUCCUCUGCUACAUCCUGUCUUCCUCUGAAGCUUCAGCCAGCUUUCUAGGCACAGAGCACGACUACGGCACCAGCCCCAAAUUCGUAUGCGUUCCCAUCCCCCCGGAAGCGGACCCUAGCUGCUACUCCCCACCCGCCGCGCCCCACGGGCCCAGCACUAACGGCCACGGUUACAACGGCAGCAACCGCAAAAUCGUUAUAUCGGACGAAGCCAAAGCCACGAUCCUGCACCUCCGCGAGAGCCUGGUCAGGCAGAAGGAGACCAUCUUGGACCAGCGAGAGACCAUCAGGGAGCUCACUGCCAAGCUCACCUUGUGCGAGGGCUUCGGCGGUCACCACAGCAACGGUCACAGCAACGGUAAUCAUGGCAGCCACCACAGUGACCAUCACGACGACCAUCAUGGCGACCAUCACGACAACCACAUCGGCUAUCACGGCAGCGAUCACCAUUUCUCCCACGGUAGCCACAGGUCCGACCCUCAUCACCGGGAGUCAUAUGGCAAACACGACUCCUUCUCGCCGGAACAGGCCAGAAAGACCGUGCAGACCUUGAAGGAACGUCUUGAAAACCUGCAGGCAAGGAACUCUUCCAGCUCCUACUCCAGCUCUUUAAGAGAACUCCUCCAACGCAAGAUCAGCGCUUUAGAGGAGCAGCUGCACAGCUAUUACAGGGACCACCACGACGAUCACCACGACGACCACCACGAUGACCACCACGACGAUCACCAUGAUGACCACCACCGUGACAACCACCAUGACGAUCAUCACGAUGACCACCAUCGUGACAACCACCACGACGACCACCACCGUGACAACCACCACAACAACGACCACCACGACGGCCACCAUGACGACCAUCACGACGACCAUCACGACGACCAUCACGACGACCAUCAUGACGACCAUCACGAUGAUCACCACGAUGACCACCACGACAAUCAUGACCUCCCUCGCCGCCUUCCUUUCAGCAGCAAGGAGACCAGUGCGCGCAACGGCGGACACGGCAAACUGGAAACUGUCCUCAGCCAGCUACACCAUAGCCGCUCUGAACACGGCCACAAGAAACUGAAGAGCCCCAACGCCUUCCUGCUGGACUUCCCCAUGCGGACCAACUACAUGUACGCCAAGAUGAAGCGCUCCCUGACGACCGAGCUCUUCGCCCUGACCCUCUGCCUGCGGCUGAAAAGGGGUGCCGGUGCCGGCCCGGGGGUGGGGACGCCCUUCUCCUACGCCGUACCGGGCCAGGCCAACGAGCUGGUGCUCAUCCAGUGGGGCGCCAACCCCAUGGAGCUGCUGGUCAAUGACAAGGCGGUGACGCUGCCCGUCACGAUGAGCGACAGGAAGUGGCACCAUUUGUGCGUGACGUGGGCCACGCGUGACGGCGUGUGGGAGGUGUACCAGGACGGGGCCAGGAAAGGAUCGGGUCAAAACCUAGCACCGUGGCACGCCAUCCAACCGGGAGGGAUGUUUCUUCUUGGGCAAGAGCAGGACACAAUGGGAGGCCGCUUUGACGUGACGCAGUCGUUCACGGGCGAACUAUCGGACGUGCAGGUGUGGUCUCGAGUGCUGACGGCGUCCGAGAUCUACGAGCAGGCGUCGUGCGGGGCUCACUCAUCGGGCGACGUGGCAUCCUGGGAGCCGGAAGCCGUGGAGCUGCACGGCGGCCUGUCCGAAUUCCCCUUCGACCCGUGCCACUGA